GAGUUCCGAUUCCAGCAGCAGAAGCAGCACCACGCCGCAAGGAACUUCGAUCUGCGCUGCUGUCGAUGGAAUGCGAUGAUGCGAUGCGAUUGUCGCACCCACCCGCCCAUGUACCCACCCGCUCUGCACUGCUCUGGACUGCUCUGCCGUUUUUGCACCACCAGCAUCAACAUCGCCCCGGAUUGGCAAUUCUGGCGUCGCUGACGCCUUCCGCCCUCCAAGUGGGCCAGAUUCCACCCUAUCCCACACGCCUCAUAUGCCUGCCCCUUGGGCUUUUCUGGCUCUUUGGCCCCACUUCACUCGUCCCUAAGCUUUGACAGUUUUAGCCAUGCUUCUGCAGCGAGGCUCUAGCGCCGCCUCACAUGGGACGCUGCACAAAAAGUUCGCUCAGUCUUGCUGUCUUUGAUGUGCCCCAGAAAUGGUGGCCUUAAGUUGGGGGUGCGAUGGAAUGCCACUUUGGCGCCCUGAACCUGGAAUAGUUGACUUGGGAUGGACGAGCAUCUAGAAUUGUUGAAUGACUAGUUGCGAGAGAGUAGGUUUCAUCUUCAACCAUGACGAAUCAGCCAUACUUAUAGUGUGUGCGCUGACCACCCGCAAAGGGGUGCCUCCGGAGGUGUUGUGUGUGCACUCAGUUGCCAGGUUGCUUGAGCGGGUGGAAAGUAGUGAGAAUUGUGGGGUGAAUCAACUUUGUGGCGAUGGGGGUUGAUGGAAGUGAUGGUGGAUAUCCUUUGGAGUGCAUCAACAUGGCCUCGCCCGACAAACACGAAACUGCAGCUCGAGUUCGGGAGGCGUGUGUGACCUCUGGAUUCUUCUAUCUCGUGAACCACGGCGUAGACUCGGCAUUGCUCGAUGAAGUCUUUGUACAGAGCAAGAAAUUCUUCGCUCUUCCAUUGGAGGAGAAAAUGAAAGUUAUUCACGACAAGAACCAUCGCGGUUACACGCCCUUUGAGGAGGAAGUGCUGGACCCUGGUACUCAAUCCAGAGGUGAUUCGAAAGAGGGAUACUACAUAGGGUUUUCAGUUCCAGAGAGUGAUCCUCGCUCCAAGAAACCUAUGCAUGGGCCGAAUCAGUACCCCUCUCCAGAUUUGUUACCGGGGUGGGAGGAGACCAUGACCCUUUAUCAUAGUGAGCUCGUUAAACUUUCGAAAAGGGUGUCUCGGUUGCUUGCAUUAGCACUGGACCUGGAGGAAACGUUUUUUGACAAGCCGGGCAUCACUGAUGAUCCUGUAGCUACUCUACGACUUCUUCAUUAUUCUGCGGAGAAAUCGAAUGUUGAACUUGGAAUAUUUGGCACUGGUGCUCACUCUGAUUAUGGCUUGUUGACUCUUCUUGCGACGGACGACGUGCCUGGUCUGCAGAUUUGUAAGUAUAAAGAUGCCCAGCCUCAGGUUUGGGAGGACGUUCCACCAAUGAAAGGAGCUUACAUUGUGAAUCUGGGCGACAUGCUUGAGCGGUGGAGCAACGGUCUCUUCCGAUCGACUCUUCAUCGAGUCGUAAGCCGGGGAAUUGAAAGAUACUCGAUACCUUUCUUCUUUGAACCCAAUUUUGACUGUUUGGUCGAGUGUCUGCCAACGUGCUGUUCAGAGGAUAACCCUCCUAGAUAUCCACCCUUGACGGUUGGUGAGCAUCUUGUGAACAAGUACAAAGAGACGCACAAAGGGUUUGUGUCCGAUCAGAAGAGCUUGAAUUAUAGUCUAUUUGAAGGACAAUAAUGAAUGACAUACGGUGUGAAGUUCAUUGACCUGUUUCAUUACGAAACUGGUGCUACCUGGACGUUAGUGAAUGGCUAUGUUAGUAAUGAUGCCUCUAAUCCCUUAACAGGUUUCAGAAGUCAAGUAGCGAAGCAGUCCCUGUUCCACCCAUUUCCAUAAUCUGUCCCUGCGUGGGUUUCAGCAGCCCUUGUCCUCUACAUUGUUGGUAUCUGACCUGCCCAUUUUUACAAAUUUGUAAAAUAAUAUAAUUACUCUUGAAAAGCCCUUGCUAAGGGAUAUUUAAUGAUUUA